UUAUUUUGUUUUUUGUUUGUCCUAAGUUUGCGUUAUUCAUUUUCAUUCAAGUAUUAAUUUAUUAUAAAGUCAAUUACACAAUCACUUGUGUUGGAUAAUUUAUAAAGAUGGUGGACUUUGUUAUUGUACAAAGUUGAAUAAUUAUGCUUAUCGGCAUAUACAUGAUUCAUUCUAAUAUUAUUCGAAAAGUAUAGUGUUCUUUUUUUUUUUUUCUUCUCCCAUAAAUUAAUUCCUAUGUUAUAAAGAUGAAUAUCAUAAAAAAUAUUGGCAUAAGGGAUUAAUAUAAUUUAAGAUAAACAAGUUGAACAAGUGUAACAGGAAAACAUUAUCCUCAUUGUAAAUCCAUAGCAUCGAUAUAAGAGUUUGUAUAUAUCAUAUUCAUUAAUGUUUAACCUAACAAAUCGAUCGAUGUAUAAUCGUAAUAUUUGUACGUAAUAAUUCUAACAGUAAAUCUAUGUAUAAAAAGACAUAAAAAAAAUAAUGCAGUUGAUUCGUCAACGUCAAAACAAAUUUUUAAUGAAGAUGAUAGACAUUCUGAUAUAUCGCUUGAUGAAUCCUUUAAACAGGUAACCCAUAAAAAAAAUAAAAAUAUGGAAUCAAUAGAAGCUGUCAAUGAAUUUAUAGUAACAUCAAGGACACCAACUCGUUUAUCGCAUAGCUUUAUACAAUCCUGGGUAAAUACUGGCUAUUUACCAUAUCAAACAUAUAUAAAUAAUGGUGAAUAUUCUGGUACAGGUUCGUUAAAUCCAAAACUAUCUUCUUAUAUAACCUGUGAUAUACCUAAUGCCACAUCUAUAUGUAAAUCAAACGGUAAAGAGCUAUGUAAUAAUAGUUCAAAUUGUAGUUCUGUUGAUACUGCUGCAUAUAUUUUAUCAAAUACAAAUGUUAAAAAAAAAACAGAAACCGUUGCUAUUAUUAUGGAUACUAAAUGUUCUAGCAAAAUUUCUUUUCGAAAUACAUUACAUGGUAAUACAUCCUGUGAAAAUACUGAGACACCAGUUAUGCAGGAUAAGUUGAAUAACAUUGUUGUAGAUUCCAAUGUUUCUAUGAGCUUAUCUGCAUUAAACAAGUCUAAUGCUAAUAUAAAACAUUUGAAAAGUCAAAGAUUAGAAAGUAAGAAUCUAAUGGAAAAAGAAUUACAAUCAACAAUAUCCCAUAGUGAGGAUGAUAAUGAAAAUGAAAUUUGUGAAAAUAACAAACAAGGAAAUGAUAUUAAUUUUAAUAAUAAAAGAAAAUUUACACAAAAUAUAAUGAAAGAAUCUUUAAAUGUAGGAAAGUCACUAAGUCUUCCUUUUGAAGGUUCAUUAAAUGAUUCGAGAAAUAUUCGACAAAAGAAAUUGUACAGCGGUAGAGAUUCUCCUACUGAUAUCAUAGUAGCACGAUUUAAGGAAAAUGAUAUAAAUGAAAUGAAAAAGGAUUUACAUCCUGCUUUUAGAAAUAGUCCACCUAUUGAAAAAGCACAAAAAAAGAUAUUGCAGAAAAAGAGAAAAACUAAAUUCUGUUUAAAUAAUUCUCUGAAUAAAUUUGUUAACAUUAGUGGAAGUAGUGAUAUGGAUAAAGAUAUGCAUGUAGCAAAACGUCAAAGGAUUACCACAGAUAUUGCAAAAGAUAUUACAGAAAUUUCUCAAAAUUCAGUAAAUGAGAGGCUGUUUAUGUCAUGUAAUGCAUUAAAGGAGCAAAUAAAACGUUUUUCAAUUUCUGAUUAUAUUAUUGUUAAAAAUACAAGACAACAGGUUACUAAGCUUAACGAGAAGAAAACAUUUGGAAAAAGAGAACAAAGUAAAAAUAAUAUUAAUAUAAAUUUACGUAAUGCAUUGUUACAUGAAAAUCUUAAUCCUUGUAUUAUUUUGGAACGUUUGUCAGAAGAAACUUUGAAACAUUACACGAGAAAAGAUGAAAAUACGUGUAUUCAAAUUGAAGAAUUAAAGGAAAAUGAUCAGAUUGAAAAUAGGGAUAAGGAUAUGGAUGAAAAUAAUGUUGAAAUAUGUUCAAAUAAUACAAGAAGCACAAUUGUCCUUUCUAGACAAGGAAAUAUAAAUACAGAUAUUGUUGAUAGUGAUGUAAGUACUAUCAUUAUAUACAAUCGUAAGGAUUUAUCAUCUAGUAAUCAUCCUGAGAGUGACUGUUCAACUGUUCUAUUAAAUACUUCUUUAUAUUUAUCAAAUACUAAUAAGACGGAUAAUAAUCAAUCGGAUGAAAAUUUAAAUGAUGUAAAAUUGAAACGAUUGCGACCUGUUGUAGUCCUUGAACAGAUACAAAUACAAUUAAAACCUCGAAUUUCAAAUGAGAUUAAACAGCCUAAAAAAAUUGUCAAACGUAAGAAUGCGAAAAGGGAGAAACGCAAUAGAUCAAAGAAAAAUUCAAAACUCAUGUCUUCGUCCAUUGACAAAAGAAGACAAAUGAUAAAUUAUAAUUCGAAUAACGUGCUUUUUGACAAAAUAUUACAACCAGUUGUUGUAUUAGAAAAAUGUAUAAAUCUUGAGAAAAAAGUUCAAAAUCAAAAUCAAAUUCAUGAUAUCUCCAAUAUACAUGAUACAAUAUGUGCUACAUCUUCUAAAGAAAAAAAACAAUUAACUAAAUUGACAAAUAUUGAUAAUAAAUUGUUGAAGAAACCGAUUGUUAAAUUACAACGUUUGCCAUUGAUGAUUACAGAAUAUAUAAAUAAACUCUCAGAAAUGUAUAGUAGUACUGACAAAAAAUUGAAUAAAAGUGAUACAUCGAACAAAAGUAAUAAACUUAAUAAAGUUUACGUUAAGAGAAAUAAAAGAAAUUUAAAUGAGAAGAAUAAUAUAUCUACAGAUAAUUCAAGCAUAGAUAGCUCAGAGAAAAUGGAACAAAUGAAAAAGAGGAGGGAACGUAGGAAAAAAUCUAAACAUAAAAAAAAUUUGCCAUUCUUUCGUACUUGCGAAAAUUAUUCCGAUUCUCAUUUAGAUUCUGAUACGGAUUUUGAUUCAGAUGUACCGGUUAUACAUUGUAUUUUUAAUGUUUAUGAUGAAAAAAAUCAAAAACGAUUUAAAAGGAAGUGCAGCGCAAGAUCAAAAUUUAAUCAACAAUGCAUGUUAACUGAUAAUACCGAUGAAAAAAAUACAUCAAUGAGAUCUAAAUCGAAUUCUAUUAAAAAUCUAUCUAUUAUAAAAAAUAUAAAUAGUGUAUUAAAUCAUUCAAAAAGUAAGAAUAUCAAUGUUAAUAUGACAUGUUCUAAUAAAAAACAAGAUAAAACUUCAAUGAAUAACAUAACAAAUAAAAAUAAUAAUUCCAAACGGAAAAACAAUAUAAUUGAGAGUGAUGAUGAAACAUUUGAUGUUAAUAAAGAUAGUAUUAAAAGAUUUACUUUCUGUACAAAAGCGUAUGACUCUGAUUCAGAUUGAAACUUAGACAAAUAUUAAACAAUUCAUCAAUUAGAUAUACAGAUUUUGAGAAUAAUUAAUUAAAGAAUGUUUAUUAGGAAAGAAAUAUCAUAAUAAUCAUUAAUAUUAAAUAUAUUAAUUGUAUUCUUUGUAAUUGUAUUAUCGAAGUAAUAUGUACAUC